AUGGAUCCAGCUGAAAUGAGAUACUUGGAAGAAGAGGAUGGUCCGUUGAUGAAGACAAUGAAAGGUAGUGUCACUGGUUUUGGUGCUGGGACGAUUUACGGAACAAUUAUGGCGACGUGGAAAGAUGUUCCAAGAGUGGAGAGAAAUGUGGCUCUUCCUGGACUUAUCAGAACACUGAAGAUGAUGGGAACUCACGGUCUGACUUUUGCUGCUAUCGGAGGAGUUUACAUCGGUGUUGAACAGCUGGUUCAGAAUUAUAGAGGCAAGAGAGACUUUUUCAAUGGUGCUAUUGGUGGUUUUGUGGCUGGAGCUUCUGUGUUUGGCUAUAGAGCAAGGAGCAUCCCGACAGCGUUAGCUGCAGGUGCAACUCUAGCUGUUACCUCUGCUUUGAUCGACUCUGGAGGUCAGACCACAAGAGUAGACACUGGAAGAGAAUACUAUCCUUACACCGUCGAGAAAAGAGCUGAAGCUGAUUCCUGA